UUCAAACAAAAACACGAUGAUACUAAUGAUAGAUUCUAGAUCUAAGUCUAAAUUAAAAUUCUAGUAGUUCUAGACUUCACCAAGGCUAUUGACAUUGUCUACAUCGAUAUAGAUCUAUCUAGUAAGAAGCUAUCUAUAUCUAGAACGUUAGAUCUUUAGAUUCAAUAAUGAAAAACAAAUCAGCCUCACCUGCAGUAAAGAAAUCAUCCAGUGUUCUAGUCAGGCGUGGAGGAUUCGGAUUGGCUGAAAAUAAAGGGCAGGGAAUCAAAAAUGUAUCUAUGACCCCUGAUACUUUCGAACGUUCUCAGUCUAAAAUUAAGAAAGCUGGUGUAAAAAGAAGAAAAUCCUUGUAUGGGUGUGACACUUCUCAAGUGGAAGAUACAUCUCAGCUUUCUCAGAAUAAUAGUAUUCUUGAGAGAACUCCUGUGACAUUGAGUCAGAUUAGUAUAAUUGACCCAUCAGAGAAUGAUACAUUGACAACAACUUUUAGAAAGAAACACCAGCCAGUAUCAGAUGACACUUUGGAAUUGGCUGUACAUUAUGCUAGAGGAGAACCAGAUGGUGCUGAAAGGUCAUUUACUAGAAAGCAGUUGUCUCAAAUGUGUAUUGAUGAUGGUAGUGAUAACAAAGAUAAUGGGAAUGAAGAUGUUGAAGACUGUGAAAUGGAAAGUGAAUCAGAGAAUGAAGCACCAUCACCAUCUAAAAAAUCUAAGUUAGUUCAAAAAGAGAUAAAAACACCUAAAGCAGAAAAGGGAAAGAAAACAAACCUGAAGAUGCCAUUUAAGCAAGCUGCCAAAAAACUAAAAUCUUUAAAAGGUGUAGUGGAUUCCAAAAAAGGUAAAAAACAAGAUAAAAAAGAUUUUGGACCUUUGCCAGAUGAAACAACAGUACCUAAGACUCCAAACCAAACUCGUAAGGAGGUAAAGCAGCAGAGGAAAAUGGUGAAAAAUAAUUAUGAGCUCAUUGAAAAUGCAAAAAAAUUUUGGGAAGAGCUUCGCAGACAUGACUUGCCUGACACAAAAAGAAGAAAAAUUUGUGAUGAUUUAAUGAAAUUGGUUACUGGAAAAAUUAAAGAGCUUUCAGCAGUUCAUGAUUCAGCUAGAGUCAUCCAGUGUUUGGUGCAGUAUGGCACAGAGGAACAGCGUAACCUCAUUUUUGAAGAAUUGAAAGAUGAUAUCUGUGACCUCUGCAAGCUGAAGUAUGCAAAAUAUGUGGUUAGAAAGCUCAUAAAAUAUGGUACAAAGGAACUUCGAGGCCAGUUAUUUGCUAAAUUUCAUGGGCAAGUACGCAAGUUAAUUAAACACAAGGAAGCUUCAGACAUUAUUGAGUAUGCUUUUAAUGAUUUUGCUACUGCACCUCAGAGGCUGGCAAUUUUGGAGGAAUUUUAUGGUCCAACUUUCACAUUAUUUAAAGAGCAUUCCCACCAAACUUUAGAUCAGAUAAUGACAGAGCAACCAGAAAAGAAAGAAAUGGUUAUUCGGAGUAUGAGGGAAGCUCUUUUGCCACUUAUUGAUAAAGAAAUCUUAAGCUACUCUUUAGUCCACAAAGUAUUUCAUGACUUUUUCACAUAUGCUGAUGACAAAUCUAAGAGGGAAAUGAUUGAUGGUCUGAAGGAACAUGUCCCAAAUCUGUUGCAUACAAAAGAUGGCACCAGAGUUGCCAUGCAUUUCAUUUGGCAUGGAUCAGCAAAAGAUCGUAAAAUAAUUAUCAAGAGUUUGAAGUCGCAUGUUGUAAAAAUAUGUAAAGAAGAACAUGGGCAUCUUUUACUGAUGGCAAUCUUUGAUAGUGUAGAUGACACAGUGCUUGUACAAAAAGCAAUUAUUGAUGAAAUGGUGAAAUCAUUAGACCAGGUUGUUCACGAUCAACAUGGAAGGAAAGUUUUAUUGUACUUAUUAUUUCCAAGAGAUCCCCAUCAUUUUCAUCCAGAUAUUGUCAACAUUUUGAAAGAAGGAGAUGGUAAUGCUACAAGCAAAAAAGACAAAGUUGUGAGAGCCAAAGAACUGUGUGACUAUGUUUCUCCACAUUUAAUCAAGUAUUUAGAAAAUAAUGCCUUGACUAUGAUGAGCAACAGUAAUCAUGUCUUGUUAGUUAAAGCAAUCAUAACAAACGCAUCAGGAGAUGUUGUACCAGCUAUGAGAGCGAUAGCAGAAUUAGUGGCUCAGCCUUGUAGUACUGCUGAUGGAGCUAUCAACAUGAUAGAGCAUCCUGCUUGUCACAUUGCUCUAAAAAAGAUAAUAGCUAAUGACAAAACUAGAAUGGAAGCUGGAAAUGGAAUUUUGUUCUCUGCAAUAUUAUUAGAAGCAUUACCUAAAUCAACUAUUAAAGUUUGGGCAGCCAGCAACAGAGGAUGUUUUAUACUUGUCAGCCUUCUGGAAGUGGGAUGCUCAACUAUCACAGAGAAAGUCAGCAAUCACUUACAGCCUGUUACGAAAUCUCUGAGUAAAAUGACAUUUAAAGGAGCAGAGCUUUUACUGGAAAAGUUGAAGAACCCAAAUAAGUCUAGAGAGUUUAGAGUUUGACAUGUCAGCAUCAGGCAGAGUGGAUGAGAGUGAGUGCUGUGACAUUUAACAAAGACAAAAGUGGAUAACAGUGAACAGUGCAGUGUAAAUGUAUUUUGAUUCAUCUGUAUUUUUAAUGUACAUAAAUCCAAAUAAUACAAAAUUCUUUGAAAAGAUUAUUAAAUUUACUUUUAAAAUUAUCUUUCUAAAGAGAGGGAAAAGUUUCUGUUUGUAUCACAGCAUCAUAUUUGCUACAAAGUUUACUGAGAACAUUCUGUUAGUCUUUCCAUUUAAAUACUUUGAUGUGAUGCUGUAUUUUUUUACUUAAAAUAGUUCUAUGCUCAUUUGUUUUAGAAAAAUACAAAAACACUAUAAAUAUGCCAAUAGAUUUUUUGGUAGUUAAAAUGAUUACCUUUUAGCUAUUGUCAAUGAUUGAUGUGAAUUCACUUGUUAACACAAUAAACAGCUUCCAAAAUGUU